CUCUGGAGCAUCUUCAGCAUGUCUGAGGUCCUGACGGUGGAUGCGGUUCUCUUCGGCCUGCUGGUUUUCUCUGGUAUCAUUGGAAACAUCAUGGUCAUCUAUGUGGUGUUUGACUGCGCUAAAUCCUGCGCCUCUCGCCACCUGCCGCCGUCAGACACCAUCCUGGUGCACCUGUGCCUGGCCAACCUGCUGACGUCAGUGUUCCGCACGGUGCCGAUCUUCGUGUCGGACCUGGGCCUGCAGGUGUGGCUGUCAGCGGGCUGGUGCCGCGUCUUCAUGCUGCUGUGGGUGUGGUGGCGGGCGGUGGGCUGCUGGGUCACCCUGGCCCUCAGCGCCUUUCACUGCGCCACCCUGCGUCGCCAGCAUGUCUCCAUGGGGCCACAGGGUCACUCGCGGGAGCGCCGGCGCGUCUGGGUGGUCCUAGCGGUGGUGUGGGCCGCCAACCUGCUGUUCUCACUGCCGGCACUGGUCUACACCACACACGUGCGCGGGAACGCUACAGUAGAGCUGAUGGUGAUUAGCUGCACCACGCGCCCCCUGCUGGGCUGCGUCUGGGAGUUUCCCACCUUCCAGCAGGGCUAUGCCUUCGCCUCCUCCUCGCUGGCACUUAAUGAAGUGCUGCCACUGGUGCUGAUGGUGGGCACCAAUCUGGCAACCCUGCAGGCGUUGGGCAAACACAUCCGGGCGGUGAGGGCGGGCGGCAGCGCAGGGGCGGAGCUGGACCGGCACGUGUCCAGUGAGAGGAAAGCGGGUCACGUCAUCAUGGCUCUGGUGGCACUCUUCGUAGGCUGCUGGGUCCUGCAGGUCGCCGCUGUCACCUACUACAACCACAACCGCGGCGCUCACGCCGAGGGGCUGCUGACCGUCGCGCAUUUCUCCGCUUCUCUGUUUGUGGGCUUCAGUCCGCUGGUGGUGGCACUCGGACACGGGAAACUGCGGCGGAGGAUCAGUGGGAUCCUGCAGCGCUGCGGGCACUGGCUCAAACAGACACACGACAAGCCCGCAGAAAUCACGGAGAAAGACGGAAAAACAACACAGAGUGCCAAGAAGUAAUGUCGCUCAUGUUAGCCCAUUUAGCAUUGUACAUAAAAUUCUUCUCAAUUUAUAGCGAGUGAGACGACUGUAUGG